UUGCAGAAAAAAAUUGUUUACGUCAAGCGGCUCGUUCCAAAUAAUGACUUGCUAAAGUAUCGUUCAGUCAAAGAUUUGGACGGUUUUGUGCCAGAUCUCAGCGGCAGUGCUACUGUACAAUUUGCUCACUAUCAACUUAAGUUUAUUACUACACCGGGUGAUGCAGUCUAUGAGGUAUCAGUUUUAUAUGACUCGAAACAAGCAAAAGUAACGGUGGAUCUAAAGUCGGUUAGCCAUGUCAACGCGUAUGGUGAUUUACCGCAUUGUAUCGUGGAUAAAAAUUUUUUCCUUGCACUUUAUUGUGUUUGUUACGAUAAAAUUGCAGGAAAUGAAAAAGUUUAA